CUGUAUCUGUAUCACUGUACAUGUCUCAAAGGAAUAAAAGCAGCAAUAAUAAUAAGAAGAAGAUGAAGUCCUUUAUUAGUCCCGCAAUGGGGAAAUUUGCAAUGUUACAGCUGCGGAAAACAACACAUAAGAAGCAUGCAGUACUUGGUGAAGGAGUAUAAAGAAUUAGAAAUAAACAACAACAAAUAAAAAAAAUAUAUAAAUGUGAUUUAACACAUAUUUUCAUAUUUUCAGACGCUCACAUUUUGAACUAUCCUCAAAUAAGAUGUCCUCACCUCAGAGAUAGGGCCAAUACAUUUGUAGCCUAGUGUAGCAAUGUAAUUAUAGAGCAUCAAUAUGUGUUACUGAGCACAAUACUCAAUUCCCCAGUAGUAAGUCAUUUUGGAUAAACGUGAUAAAUGAGUAGAUGUAAAUGUAACCUUUCAGCAUGGAUCUGUUUUUGCAAACCCGCACCUGCAAGGACCUUAGCCAUUACUAUAAUUCAAGCUGCAAGGUGCACAAAAAGAUUUAAACGUGACACCUUCUCAUAUUGCCCUGCUUAAGUGUCGUAAAUGAAAGGCUCUGUAGCAUUACUAUCUUACCGUUGUGCCGGUACAGAGAUAACUAGAGAUUGAAGUGCAGGUUUGAUUUCUUGCUCAAGAAAACUCCGACAGAUAUGAGCACCUUACCUGUGACCUCUUUGAGUCUUGAGCGUCUGAAAGGAGGCCAACCUGACAUACAUUCCACUCCACCCAGCAACGGGUUAAUCAUCUGCUUAAAAGUCUUCCAACUUAACAGCCCUGAGGUUACACCUGGAACCAGUAGGAGAAAAGAGGUCAAAGAAGACAACAAAUGGAAAAAAGAAAGAUCGAAAAAUGCUAAAUAGGUUAAGAAAAGGAUUGUGGAACUAUCGCAACUUCACCCUGAUUGUCCUCACACCACUGCUGCUGCUACCUCUUCCUGUUGUUGUCGGAACGAAGGAGGCAGAAUGUGCGUUUGUGUUGCUGCUGAUGGCGACUUACUGGGUGACAGAGGUGAUUCCACUGUCCAUGACCGCCAUGCUCCCCGCCAUCCUCUUUCCUAUGUUUGGCAUCAUGACUUCUACAGGCGUGGCAAAAGAGUACUUUAAAGACUUCCACUUCUUGCUGGUAGGCGUCAUCUGCCUCGCCACGUCGAUUGAGAAAUGGGGUCUUCACCGCAGAAUCGCCCUGAGGCUUGUCACCAUAGUGGGGGUCAACCCUGCAUGGUUGUUGUUAGGCUUCAUGUCCAGCUGUGCCUUCCUCUCCAUGUGGGUCCAAAACACCUCAGCUGUUAUGAUGAUGAUGCCCAUCGUGGAGGCGGUUCUCCAGCAGAUCCUGGGAGCCAAGGAGAUGGGAUGUGUCGGUGAAGACAACCCCAACCUACAACUGGAUGAUAAUGACGACCACAUUGACAAGAGUAAAGAAAUUGUGAGUAACAGGAAGGAUCUGGAAAGUCCUGAAGAAACCUUCACUGGUGUUCAGAUACAUUCACUGCAUAAGCCUGCAGGAGCGCAGGCUUCAGUGUGUCUACCUGCAGCUCCCAGUAGGACCAAGCAGGACCUCAUGAUAUGUAAAGCCAUGUGUAUCGGCAUUGCCUACUCCUCCAACAUCGGCGGCAUUGCCACCCUGCCUGGAACCUCACCCAACCUCAUCUUCUCUGAAUACCUCAACCUGAUUUACCCAAACUGCAACUGCAUUAACUUCGGGAACUGGCUCUUGUUGUGCCUGCCCAUCAGUGUGAUCAUGCUGCUGCUCACAUGGAUAUGGCUUUACUGGCUCUUCAUUGGCUCAGACUUCAGGUUCCUGUGGCGAUGUGGAGGGGAGCAUUCUGAGAAAGAGAAGGCAGCAAGAAAAGUUAUAGAAGACGAGUUCAAGUUGCUGGGACCCAUGAGCUCUCAGGAGAUCGUCACUGCGGUGGUUUUCCUGCUGAUGGUGCUGUUGUGGCUUACCAGAUCUCCAGGGUUCAUGCCUGGCUGGGCUUCACUCUUCCCCCAUCACUCAGGCUACAUCACUGACGCCACCGUAGCUCUUCUGCUGGGCCUCUCUUUUUUCAUCUUACCUGCCAACGGACCCUACAAAAAAUAUGAGGCCAUGAUCUCAUGGAAAGAGUUUCAGGCCUCGAUGCCCUGGAAAGUGGCCUUGCUAGUUGGUGGAGGCUUCGCACUCGCUGAAGGCACAAAGGAAUCAGGCCUGUCCCUGUGGGUGGCGAAAUUGCUGGUACCUCUGGGUGAUCUGCCAAUCUUGGCCACGAUUGUCGUCGCUUGCAUCAUCGUCACCACGGUAACAGAGUUGGCCAGCAACGCGGCCACUAUCACCAUCUUCCUCCCCAUCCUCUCCCCUCUGGCUGAGGCCAUCCACGUCAACCCACUGUACGUCCUGAUCCCCACUACCCUUUGCACAUCCUUCUCCUUCCUGCUGCCGGUGUCCAACCCGCCCAACGCCGUCGUGUUUACUUACGGACACAUCGACAUCAUGGACAUGGUGAAGGCGGGGCUUGGCGUUAACGUAAUAGGCGUCCUUGCCGUGAUGUUCGCUGUGGUGACAUGGGGUGUUCCACUAUUCACUCUGGAUAAGUACCCUGACUGGGCGCCGGUCCACCCUGGUUUUAACUCAACAACACCUUGAAGACUGGUCCCAUAAUCUGGUUCAUAAUGAGAGGCUUCCAGGGGCCUAUUGAGGGAGGACAAGGUUCCGAUUUCCACCAACAGCACAUGCCAACAUUUAGGAGCCUCGGUUUUAAGACCAGUAUUUAGAAAUAGCACUGAUAAUUUAAAUCACAAGUAUUCUCUGUAAAUAUUAAUCAUUGAAACCUAGGACCAAAAUUAAAGUAUUAUUUCGUUGUAAUAUUUAGAUAUUGGCACAAAUCCUAUGUGUAGAUCAAUGAAUUAUGUGUCAAAAACCUGCUAUAUUUCAUUUUUUGAGCCAUAAGUGCUGUUGCUGCUGGAACUCAAUCAUAUGACAUGUUCCUCAAAGAACACACACUGUAGCUUAUGUUGCUAAAGAUUCUUUAGCAACAAUGGAAGAGCUGUGUGUUGUCAUGUGGGAGGUAUGAUUUUACUUAGCAAAUUUAUUGUACGUUCAGGUCCGGAUGCCAGCAAACAACCUCUGAUAAUCAAGCUGUCCACUACCUGCUAACCACCAAACAGCAGACAGGCACAGUUAGAGACCAGCUGGUAAAUAAAGCGAAACAUCUAUUAGCGAAGGGAACUUUGUUGGAGACCAAAGCAGAGCUGAAAGGAAAGUGAAUUGUACCUAUACUGUAGAUUCAUCAGGUCAUCAUACACACUUCUCCAGUUUGUUUAGCUGUUUUUCUGACCCCUUUUGGCCAAAUAACAUUAUUAUAUAUUUUUUAAGAAAAGGUAUUAAUGGCUGAAUUUAAACCAAAUGACUUAUACUGACAAAUUGAAAACAGAGAGAGAGAAAGCAUGUAUGUGUGCAUGUGACUGCCUGGACUGAAGUCAACAUUCACAGCAUGUGUGUGUGUGUGUUUGUGCAUAUGCAUGCAUAUAUAUGUUUGUAUUUGUGUGUGUAUAUAUAUAAUAGAUAUUGAUUGAUGAAAGUCUUCAACCGUUUUUUUCUUUCAGGUUUAGGAUUGUAUUAGUAAUUGACUCACAAAACCUGAUUAGUUGGUUUCAGUCAGUUUUCUUACUUUCAGUUUUGUUUUUGAUUCUUUGUAUGGUUCUUUCAUUAUAUAAUAUUUAAUGAUAUAAUUAUGAAUGUUAAAACUGGACUUGACCUGAAAAUAAAAAAACAUGUCAUUACAAAAUUAUUUCUCUCUCUCCCUCUCUCUCUCUCUCUCUCUCUCUCUCUCUCAGUAACACACUCAGUAACACACACACACACACACACACACACACACACACACACAAUAAUUGUUCUUGUUGAGCUACACGCAUCUUCUAUCUUUAAGGUUCUUAUCUGUGAGAAACACUGACCUCUAGUGGCUUUGCAUUCCUGAAUAACAUCCUUAAACACUAGCUUCUCAAACACACACACACACACACACACACACAAACACACACACACACACACACACACACACACACACACACACACACGCACACACAGAAAGACAAGUUCACGCAGACACUUUCCAUAUAUUUUUAUUUAACCCAUUUUCAAUCCUUUUCAAAAUUGUUUUUACCGUUUUGCAUUUGUAUUUUAGAGUUAACUUCUUUGGUCUUGUUUCUACUAAUUCCUUUUCAUUAUCGUCAAUAGACACGUCGCUAUACACCUUUAUAUUUUGUUUAUUUAAAGUGAUUUUAAAGCCUUGUGAAUUUCAAAGCCUCAUUAAUCUUAAUGAUAUAUGGUAAUUUAUGUAGAUUAUUCACACUUUAUCUUAAAAUGUUUUUCUGUGGCAGAUCGUUUCCUGCCUUUCAAAGAUUGUCUGUAAAGUAGAUGUAUCACACAGUGUACACCUUAUAUGUGCUUUCCCCAGAAAUCUGAA